GGGAUAGAGACAACAGGAGACAGGGUCCUUGGGGUGACGACGAGAGAGUUCAUAGACAGGGAGAGAGGGAGGAAGCCACCGACACGAGUGAAGACAAACAGGAGGACGGAAAGGUGAAUCGGUGAGAACGUGGACAAAGAGGGAAACAACAGUGCGAGAUACAUUGUUGAGAACCCAAGGCCGUAUAGUGAGGCGUCAAGGAGCAUUGGCGUGGAUACAAGCACAUACAAGACGGUCGGAUCAAACACAAACUAUAACGUCAGGGCUGCCAAGAUGUUGAUGAACAUAGCUGAAUAGUUGUUGUAACCAGCUUGUAUCUGCUAUCAUCGACAUCAAGCGGACGAUUUCUUGAUUUGCAUCCAUCUUUCUUUAUUUCACAGGGGCACUUCAAGGCAAACGUUCAAGAAUUGGAAAUGACCAACAAAGAUGACAAGAUUGAGGACGUUGAUGAUAAAUUUCAAACAGAUAAGGAUUCUGAUGCGUCGAGAUCGGCUGAAUUGUUUGGAAACCAGAUCCCGAGAACAAAUGAUCCCGGAAAUUUGUACAAAAUGCGCAGAUGGCUGUCGGCAAGACGACACCCAGCAAAGAAAGCUUGCGAGGCUUGUCGAAAAUCGAAAUCGAAAUGUCAAGAAUCCCGGCCAUGUCAGAGGUGUAUGUGGAAAGGAUUGCAAUGCGCUUCGCCUAUUGAAAAUCAGGGCGCAGCCACAUAUAAAGAGAAGGAGCAAAAAUCACCGACGACGAUCGUGCAGCCAGACUUCGAAGAAAUUUUGAUGAAAACGAACAGUGAGAGUGAGCUGCAGAUCAGUGGGGCGAUACUUUCAGAGAGGGUGUUUGAGUCCAAGUCGGACAGAUACGAAGAAUAUUCUGAGCGAUAUGAGAGCUCACUCAUGAACGAGGCGAUGGAGCACGUCUUAUCAGACUUCAAGAAGAAGAAUUGAUAGUCGUGUUCAUGAGUCAUUUUCAUGAGUCAUUUUCAUGAUUUUCUUGUUCAUUCGGAUAGUAUUGUAUAUUUGAUCUUGUGUAUACUUCUGAUUUCUGGAUUUCUCAUCGGUUGCUACUACAAAAAAAGACAGAAGCAUAUCACAAAGAUAACACUGUAUUUUCGAUUCAAUCCUUGUUACAAUAAAAUUGUUCUACUAC